AUCUACAGAUCAAACCAUCGCCCUUAACAAUGGGAAACGGUUUAAAGCCUUGUAAACAACAACAUCCUUCGUAUCUUUACGAGCCUCUCAUCAAUACUCCUUUGUUAGAGGAGGCAGAAAACGAGAAUCUGAGAGUCUUCAGCGUCAAGGAAUUGAAGAAAGCAACGAAAAAAUUCAAAAAAGAGAUGGUCGUAGAAGGGGAGGAUACCUAUGUUCAAACAUUCUACAAGGGUAACAUCAAUCAGACCACAUCUGCACCAUCAAGAACUAAAACGAGAAUCGCUGUUUCUGUCAUGGAAGGUCUUCUACAUACUCCACAUGGUCUAGAAGAGUGGAAAAUAAGCAAAGAAGAAGCUGAGUCUCUAGGAGAGAUUUUUCAUCCCAACUUGGUCAAACUCUUGGGUUACUGCUGUGAAGAUAACAGAUCACUCUUGGUUUUCGAAUACUUAGGCAAGGAAAGUUUGGAGCAUUACAUUUUCGAAAAAGAGGAGGCAUUGUCAUGGGACACACGGGUUAAAAUAGCCAUCGGAAUAGCACAAGGUGUUGCAUUCCUCCACUCGAUCAAGAACAGCCCAUUACAUCAAGAACUCAGGGUGCAUAACAUUAUGCUUGACGAGCAAUACAAUGCAAAAUUGUUGUACCUUGACUCAAAAAAGCAAUUUUGGCCAAUUGGUUGGACAUUUGUGGGAACUAUAUACAUGUCUCCUGAAUAUCUAGAAGCAGCUACUUUGGGAAUGGAGACGGAUGUAUACACAUUUGGUGUCAUCUUGCUUGAACUCUUUACUGGUUCGAAAGAGAUAUCAAUAUAUCUGAAACGCUUAAGAACUAGACCUUCGUUGUUUAUGGAAAUAAUUGACCCCAGACUUUGGACCCAUUAUCCUGUGAAUGCAGCCACAAAGAUGGGCAAACUCAUCCAAAGAUGCACCAAGGAUAACUGGAAGAAACGACCGUCAAUGCAGCAAGUUUUGGAUGUUCUGAAUUCUAUUGUAAUUCAGUAUUAAUGCAUAGAGAUACCUAAUAUUUGAAAAUGAAGAUAAUUAAAAACAAAGAAGCAUGUUUUUACCCCUUCUAGCAAAUUUUCUGUAAUUAAGAUUAGCCACACCACAAAACUAAAAUAUAUACUAAUAUAUUCAUAAUCAUGUUGCAACAAAAUAUUUAUGGAAAAGUCGGAACUAUUUUUAGCCACGUUUUGUUUCGUAGAAAAUUUGUGGCUUUUCUGUCACGGUUCAGAUAUGAAUUGCCAUGUUUCUCAUUUCAUAACUAUUUUGUGGUUUAUAGCCAAAAUUUCUACUAGUGCUAAAUCAAAUAAUUUUACAUAUUAAUAUUUUAAAAGCAUAGACGAAUGUUGGCUAUGAAUUAAAAUAUUAGAGCAACUCCAACCCUAGAUUCUAGGGAGUUUCUAAGAAUUAAAAAAAAAAGAAAAAAAAUUGAAUUACUGUAGCUCGAUGAGAUUAUAAAGCUCCACUCGGUGUCUUCUUCUCUUGUGCUUUUGGAUUACUGUAGCAACUGUAUCAUGGAGUCGAAUACCCAUAUUCAUAGGUCCACCAGCUCCUGUUUUAUCCAUUAGACAUCCUAGUUCUGACCAGUCAUCAAACCAGAAAGACAUUGACAUGCCAUUCUGAACUUUCAUCUUCGAAAUACAGCAGCAACUUCUCUGCACUUGAGUAGCUUCUUCCACAUCCACGAGCCAAGAGAACUACUAUCUUUUACUGUCCAGAAAGAUCCCUUGCGGAUUAGAUAACGUCUCACCCAUUUCACCCAAAGAGAAUUUUUUGAAGAUAGGAUACGCCAUACCAACUUCA